AUGGAUUUCUACGAACCUACGCUUUUGUUCAGACAGAACGCUAUCAAGAGACCAGACUCGGUGCUGCUGCUGAGUUCCUAUUACGGCUCAGACACAGAUUCGGCAGCCACGCUUCCUUCACACCAUUCAAACAGAUCGAGAACUCUGUGGCUCUUAAACCACUCGAAUGCUUCAGAUACUCAGAUUCUUAACAAGGCAUGCUCCUUGGAUAGAGUGAACAUCAAGUCUAACUACUGGAAGAUUCCUGAUAACAGUAUGGACUUGACUGCGCUUGCUACGAGCAGCGUGGAAUCAGCCUCGCCACUCUUGGCUAUUUCUAGUGCCCAGGCUGAAAACAACCUUUUCAUCUAUGAACUUGACGCUGUCAACCACUACUUGACCCACCAUACUACCAUUUCCUUGCCUAAUAUCCAUAGUCUUGCGUGGGUGCCAAACCAGAAAUCUCGCUACCUUGUUUCUGGAAACAGCAAAGGCUACGCCCACCUUGUGUCUGUGCCUCUUCCACAUACUUACACGGGAGACGUUGGAGACGAAGAGGACUGUGCUGAGAUAGUCAAGCGCUUUAACCAUCGUAAACACCUCAAGUCGGUUAACAAAGACCCAGCUGCCCAUACCCAUGCCACUACGUGCAUCUCAGAGCUUGGUUUCACUGCUAACGAUAACUUGGUUUCUAUCUACGAUAACACCUUGUUUGUGUGGAACAUGAACGACUGUGAGGCUUCAGCUAAACCUCGUCCAGAAGGGAUCCUGGUGAUUCCUGGUAUCAAGGGUUUUGACACUACUCCAAGACAGGUUAAUGAUCCAUACACUUUGGGCCUCUGUGGCUCUUUCGGCAUUUCCCUUUUUGACUUUAGAAGCCGGGGCCACAAUGUUCCCAACUCGUCACUUCAUGCAAAGGGCUCUUCUAGCCAGCUCUCAGCUAACAUGCUUAGAUGGUGCCCAACCAACGAGUAUGUUAUGGCUGCAGCUCAUGAAGAUGGUGUGGUCAGACUCUGGGAUCUUCGAAAGCAGGAUACUUUCGCAAGCUUGACUGGACACAUGAACAAGAAGGUGACUGCCCUUGAAUGGAACGAUAAUGAUAUUUUUACUGGUGCUAGUGAUGGUAACAUUGUUCACUGGGACUUGUCUAGUGGCCUUGAACCAACAGAUGAUAUUGCAAAUAACGCUGACAAGCUUCAGACGUGCUCGAUGAAGGAAGGUAUCUCCAGUGUUGCUUUUGAUACUGUUAGAAACACAAUGGUUGAUGCUGUCAGUGAAAGACAAUGUGGAACCUUGCUCCCAGCUCUGAACAAUAAUAUCAUUGGCAUGUGCCGUGUGAGAGAUACAGACAGUGACCAAUCUGACUGUAAGAUCGUUACGGUUGAUGGUUCUUCGUUCCUUGGCUUACACUCUAAGAUUUACGAUGCUGUGGAGAAUACCAGCAGCGAGAAGUACUUCUACACCGCUGAGGAUAUUGACUUGAUGCUGAAGGAAGAGUUGUCCAAUGCCACACUUAUCAACUCCAACGACAGUUUGACUCAGCCAUUGAACAUCCAGAGAAAGCCUACAGUCCACUCCAGAGCAGACACGGAAGUUUCUAUUCGUACAGAUGAUUUCAAUUUCAAUUUCGGCUUCGACUUGGAUGAGGUGAUUUCCCUCCACUCUGUGGACUCAGAACCAAGCAAAUCCCACAGCAGCUCGUCGCCAAACUCCUCGGUCCUCAACAACGACUCCAACUACACACUUUCGACUGUUGCCACGGUAGUUGGAUCGCCAACACAGACACAUUCACAUACUAAGAAGUCUCUGUUGGCGUUUUUGGACGACGGACUCGAGAAGAUCUGUUUGGACUUUUCCAACCAGAACCAGUUUACCACGGCAACAUAG